GUCUGCUGCUAAAAGCUGUAGGGGAAAACUUUUUCCAGCGCACAUACUGACACUUGCUGUUCCGCCUUCUCCUCCUCUCUCUCGCUCUCUGACUGAGCUAGCAGAGCAGCCACUGACAGCAGGUGAGGAAGUUCCGUGGUCUGCAACAAACCUGCCCGGAGCUUUAGGCAACACAGGUAGAGACUCUAAAGUGAAGAAGCAUCAGGUGCCCUCCAGACAAAAAGGCAAAGACCCGGGGGGUGAAAGCCAAAGAAGCGUUACUGGCCUUACCUGCUGCAAAGAAAACAUGUCCACUGACGAGGAGCCCACGUUCACAGUGAAGCUGCUGCAGCUGCUGCUUCUCUCCACCUACUGGGGAAUGCAAAUUUGGGUCACCUUCAUUUCAAGCUUUGUGAUGGACAACCACCUGAACAGACACACAUAUGGGUUUAUUCAGAGUCGUCUCGUCCCGUUCUACCUCCACCUGGGUUCAGCUUGUGCCUUCUUCAACCUCACCAUCUACGCCGUGUAUCACCCCAGCGACAUGCUGGAUGACCGGGAAGCUUUUCAGAUCUUCAUCUUCUUUGUGUCGGUGACGGUCGCGGCCGUCAACGCGCAGUGGUUUGGCCAAAUGACGUCGGAGAUCAUGGCAGACAUGCACCUCAUCGAACAGGCGUGCGGAUUGGGUCAGGACAUCGGCCUGUCGUCUAACCGUGAGGCUUACGCCAAGCUGUGUGAGACGGAUGUAAAAUACAGGCACCUCAGUAGUCGCCUGUGGUUGUACAGACUGCUGUCGUCCCUCUGUAACCUCUGCUGCAUCGGCUGCAAUUUCUACAGUCUCUGUUACAUGGCUGAAAACCUUGUCACGCUGUAAAACUGACACUCAGCAGCUGGACUGUAAAAUUGUUGAAACAUAGUCAGUCCUUUACAAAUCUAGAAACUUUUGAUAUCAAAGCAGUAAAUUAUAUAUUUAAUACAUAAAGUCUUUCUUUCUAUCUCUGCCUUAAUUAGAAAUGAGAUUAAAAGGUCGGAUGAUGCUCUCAUUGGGGAACAAUGAUAGGAUAUAGUCUCAUGCAUAGAUUUCAGCCUCUGGUUCACGGUCAGUGAAGCUGAAUUUCUCUGAACUGCUGCAGGGAGACGAAUCAGUUCCUGCAAUCUGAGUAAUGCUUCACCUUUCACCCAGUGUGGCUGAGGCUGGCGGCUGCCUCAGGUUGGUGCCUUGAGAUUUCCCCACACUGUUACCUUUACUUUUACAUUAUGGUACCUUACAGUAAAAUAAAACAUGAGGAAUGUUUUUAAAUCUUUGCACUUGCAAUAGAAAAUGGCUCAAUGCACUGCACUGUUUUUAUGUGUAGGCAACAGGAGGAAACCUUUAGUAAGGAAAGUGUUUCCUUGCUGUUCUGCCCUGCUCUCUCUGUUUGGGUGGAGCUUUAAUACCUUGUUGACAGUGCGGUGUCACAGGUUUGUCUGGCUUUACUUAUGUUACUGUAAGGGCACCUGUGAGGCUGUGCUUCACCUCCCAUCAGAGGGAAAGGUUGUGCUAUCUUUCUCUCUCCUGGCUGCUGCUGGUGUGAUACACGAUCUGAUUUAGUCUAAAACACACCUGCACCACUGAUUCUGUUGUAUUGGAAACAGAUUUUAUUGGUAUUUGUUUUGCGUUGUUGCACAGCAGCUCAGUGUAGUUAUGAGAGUCCUCCAGCAGGUAGACCUUUGCUCUAGUCCCACUAUUAUCAGUGUGCUCUGGAUGGAGACACUUGCUAUUCUGGGGAUGGGAAAUACCCAUUUAACGGAACAUAUUAAAGUGGAUUGUAUUGGAGUAGCACAGAAGUUUUUUUGGGAUGGUACAAAUGGUCUGUGUUGACUAAAUGCCUGUAAUAAUAGUAAUAAUAGUAAUAAUAAUAAUAAUAAUAAUAAUAAUACAGAGCCCCCAGUAAAGAUUUUAUUUCUUUGGAACUACUUUUUUGCAUCAUCUCACAGUAACUUUUACAUUAUGUCGCGACACUUCCUGUACUGCAUUUAUUGUGAAAGGCUGAGCUCCAACGGUACAUGGACAGGCAGCAUGGCUGUGUGUGCACUGUGACUAUUCUUCACAUCUCCUCAUGUAUUAACAUUAGCCUCAUGAAGCACCUGUCACCCCUGCUUUACCAUCAGAUAGGACAUUUGAGAUGCCAAUACACACACACACACACACACACACAGGAGUGCAUGGGUGGCUUCAUAGUAACCAUAACAACCAAUGCUACAGCAAAAGCCACAGCUGUAAACAUCCCAUACAGUCAUAAGCAUAGCCACAGCAGCAGGCAUUCAUAAUACAGAGUAGAGAUAGUUAACUAGUUAACCUAGUUAUGUUUAUAUUAACUGCAGUAAACAGACUUGCAGCUGAGCCAGGCUGUAACAUUCAUAAAUUAAUAUCAUCAUACAUCAAUGAUAUAUGUAACUGUCAGAGCUCAGCCUUCCUCUGUGGAUAAGAGGGAAUGCAACACACAGAUAAUCAACUGUGACCUUUGAAUCUGACUUGAAUGUCACCUCCGCACUCCUUCCCUUCACUUAACAUCCCAGGACGAUCUCCGUACAUGUUGCUACCUUUCAUUGUGCCACGCAGGAAAAACCACAUCAGAUCUUGUGUAUAUUGGUGUAGGAUUUUAAACAGUGAUCAGGUCUGGAGCUUGAACUCCUCAAGUGUUUUGUGCUUUAUUUUAUAAAACCUCCAUUUGCUCCACAUCAGUCUCAAUGUGUUGGAACAUUAUCAUCUGGCUGUAGGAAAAAAAAGCAGCCAUUAGGAGAAUUGAAGCAAAAUUAUUUUUGAGUUGUGAGCUUUUUUUUUUUUUGGUCAUAGUAUGUUUUUCUUGAAUCUGUGGUUCGUUAUUUUUCUGUUGUCUUUUUGCACAUUAAUCAUGUUAAUUAACCACUCCGUGCUACGACUGUGCCUCCUGUCUGUAAUACCUGUACAUUAAACCAAAGACAAAACACCAACAGAGCGAUGGCAGCAGAGGACAGAUUCUGAAACUCCUCUUUCUAAUAGUUUGUUCUAACUGGACUGAUGAAGGUGUUUAUUAUAAGCCUGAUACCGGCAGAAACAAUGCAAUAUUACUUGGCUGUUAUAAAUUCUACACAGUUUUUCUAUGACGUUGCCGUGAAGCUUGGCCAGUUUAAAGUUCUGUAAAAACUGAAUGCAAGUUUUUUGACAGUUUUGUGUAUCAACAUGAAAUCUGUAUCUGGAUAUGAAUUUUUCUCGAGGACCUCUUACCCACAUUGAUUUGUUCCUUCAUGAUAUGUUUGAUAUUACAGGUUAUCAUCAUAUUAGCUGAAGAACAAUGAGGUCAGAGGUCAUGAGCUGUUAAUGGUAGUGGGUUUGUAUCAAAGAUGUUUUGACAUGUGUGGUCUAUUUUUUUUGUAUAAAAACAUGUUUCAUCA